CCCCCCAAACACAAACAAUUGAAGCGUCUUCUUUGCUUGUGUUGUGCCUGAAAUCCGAAAACAAUGGAGUGGCCAUGGCACAGCUUGUUCUCUGAUGAGGAAAUCGAAGAUGGUGAUUACUUCAACCAUCGCCACAACAACCCAGUGGACGAUGGAGAAUCUGUUCUUCUGCAACACUCUGCUUUCUACUCUGAGAUCCAAAGUGAGACAACCUUUGACGACCACACAGGAUUCCUCAACAACGUCAAGAGUAGCAAACUUUUGACAAAGAGCGACAUCUCCAACUCUAUUGCGUCCCAAAAUUCGAAGGAGAAAUCUGCCACCUCCCCACCGUCCUAUAUUCUGUCUUUCUGUGACUCCACCGUGGUAGCAGCUACCCGCGACGGAGCUUACGGCGGAAAGCACCCCAACCGUGAGCAAACACGCAGUGGGCGCGUGAGUUCCUUAAAAGGGGCCAAUCAAAUAAAAAUGAAGCCUAGAAAAUCUUCGGAGUCUCUGGAUCACAUCAUGGCAGAGAGAAAAAGGAGACAGGAACUGACCCAGAGAUUCAUAGCACUUUCAGCCAUUAUUCCUGGCUUGAAGAAGAUUGACAAGGCCUCAAUACUUAAGGAAACAGUCACUUAUGUGAAACAACUUCAAAAUCGAGUAAAAGAGUUGGAGGAACAAAGCUCCAAGAAGAUCGUAGAGUCAAUAUCGUUCAUCAAUAAAGCCAAUUUCUACAUUGAGGAAGGGACUGCCUCUGAUGAUUCCCACAAAUUCAAUGUAGCACUCCCUGAACUCGAAGCAAGAGUCUUGGAAAAGGAAGUACUCAUCCGAAUCCACUGCGAGAAAAACAAAGGCGUUUUGCUCAAAAUAUUGACCCAUAUUAAAAAUCUUGAUCUCUCCAUUGUAAGCACUAGUGUCUUACCAUUUGGGAACUUCGCCCAUGACGUUACCAUUAUUGCUCAGAUGGGUGAGAAAUACAACGUAACUGUGAAGGAUCUAGUGAAAAGCCUCGGAGUGGCUCUCUUGGAGUCCACCUGACAUACAACAGUGAUCCAUGCGAGAGUGUCAAAAACGAGUGCACUAGUUUUUUGUUUUUUAAGGAUUUGGAAGUUUUUGAUUGGCAUUACACUCUCUUACAUGAA